ACAACUUGAAUUUGAAGAGAUAGUCGGUGGUUGAGUAUUGCUAUAUGUAUUCUAUAUUCACUCGAGUUAUCUCAAAUAAUUAUUAAUGAUUUGUUAUAUGCAUGUAUGAUCAACAGUAGUAUAGGGGUAUGGGAUUAUUGAUAAUUUUUAUCCUUUUCAUGAUACGAUGUGACUUUUGUACCAUGAAUCGGCAAAUAUUGUAGCGCUGACACCGUUGAUUUCAGAUUUAAGUAUUUGUAUUUCCACACCUAUGUUAUUAUGUGUGAUAAUAGAUAUAUUUGAGAAUCACCAGAUGGACAUUUUUUGUCAUAAAAAUUAAGAUCGUCCAUCUUUUUUAAAAUUGGCUAAGUAAUUUUUUCUUAAAUUUUUAAUAAACAUGCUCCGUACUGUCAUUGUGGGAGGAAUAAGAUAUUUUACGUCCAGUGCAGCUUCUACAAUGUCUUGUCAAAGAUUAAAAGGUAAAGUGGCAGUCGUCACAGCAUCUACAGACGGCAUCGGUUUCAGCGUGGCAAGACGUCUAGCACAGGAAGGUGCAAAAGUGAUGAUUAGUAGUCGAAAGGAGGUCAAUGUUAAGAAAGCUGUAGAUCAACUUGUUUCGGAAGGUCUUUCAGUAUCUGGGAUAGUUUGUCAUGUAGGAAAAUCUGAUGACAGAAGACAACUACUUAACGAGACAAAAUCUAAGUAUGGUGGCUUGGAUAUUCUUGUAUCCAAUGCUGCAGUAAAUCCAGUAGUUUCUCCAAUUUUUGAUUGUGCCGAAGAAGUAUGGGACAAAAUUAUGGAUAUUAAUGUCAAAAGUACAUUCUUACUUAUGAAGGAAUUUCUGCCACUUUUACGUGAAAGCAAGACACCGUCAAUUGUAAUUAUGUCUUCAGUGGCUGCGUAUGAUCCUUUCAAUUUGCUAGGCGUAUAUUCUAUCAGCAAAACUGCUCUAGUAGCACUUUGCAAAGCAUCAUCGGAAGAACUUGCAACCGAUGGUAUACGUGUGAACUGUAUUGCACCUGGUAUCAUUCGUACAAAAUUCUCAAAACCACUUUACGAGUCAGAAGCUGCAAAUGAAAUCGCAAUGUCGAGAAUUGCAAUGCAGCGUAUUGGUUUGCCUGAAGAGAUUAGUGGUAUUGCUGCAUUUUUAGCUAGUGACGAUUCAUCUUACAUUACUGGUGAAACCAUAGUUGCUUCAGGAGGAAUGUCAUCUAGACUAUAAGAAGAAUGAUGCUUGCGACAUCCUUACUGGUGCAGCAAGUUUCUAAGGUGCCUGUAAUGAGUCGUGCAUUGAGUAUCCUGAGAAAUCAGGCAUACGUCAAUGGAAAAUGGAUCGGAGCAAGAUCAGGAGAAACUUUUCCUAUCCUGAAUCCUGUAAAUCAAGAGGUGAUUGAUUGCGUGCCAGAUAUGGAUCCUAGUGACACACGAAAUGCUAUAGAUGCUGCUAAUCAAGCUUUCAAGGAUUUU